AUGCACGCACACUUAUUUAAGGGACGAUUUGGAGAGAAGAUCGAGUUCCACACAGCAGCAAGUGGCUCGUUCAGCAAGCGGGAGUUUGACGAGCUGAUGCACGUCCACAGCUCUGCACUGGCAUCUCGCGCUGCAACACUCGGUUUCUCCCCCUUGUCAGAGCUUAAGUGCUGUUUGAUUCUUCCAUGCGCGGCAAAUGAGGAGGAAAUAUUUCGCGUCGGAAAGAACGUCCACACCACGCUAAAAAUCGAAGGAAGUUUGUAUUUUCAAGAGAUGGAAACCUGUGCUUCCAAACCUCGCAGUGAUCAGCUCGAGUGUCCAAGUGACAACGAUUGUCCAACGGAAGAGCGCUUCCGUCAGUUUGCGAGAUACCGCGUCAAGGCGAAAGAGGUUGGUUAUUAUUGAGUGGCUACGCAUUCGUACGGUGAUCUCACGUGUGGGUUUAUGCGAUUCGGUGCAGUCUGUAUCCGCAGAGGUUGCCCUGCCAAGUCGAACUAGCGUGGAUCCUUAUAUGUCGUACCAGCAACCGCGCAAGAUAAAAUACUGUCUCGAGAUGUUGGAUUCAUCAAAAUGGACCUCUUGUCUUGAUGAUUAACGAGGACACAACAAGGGGGUUAUUAUUCGGUAUAACUGGUUACUUGGUUAAUAUUACUUCGAAGUACUAUUUUCUGUCA